AUGGAGGAUUUUAUCAAACCUACAACCCGCAAGUCACCGGACAAAAUUAUCCUCCAUGUCGGCACUAAUGAUCUGAAAAAUUCUACGCCGAAAGUUAUUACCGAUUCUAUUUUGAAUCUGACAACCCAAAUCAAAGAGGAUUCUCCUAACUCCAUG